GAAGAAGAGCAGUUCGUGUUCCCCGUUUCUGUUUGGAGGCUGAAGCAGCAGAGCAGAUGGACUUCCUCUUUAACUGGAUGUUGGUGUGAACCAGCAGAAAACAAAGACAGCCGGAUGAGAGCCUGAAGCUACGGGAGAGUCGAGGUGACAGACAUGAAGACCUUGGACCAGCAUGGACGAAGUCACCUGGAGAGUCUGGUCUGGUCAGCCCUGUCUGGUCUGGUGUUGGUUCUCCUGGGACUCCUGGGCUCGGUCUACGGCUGUCCCGGUGUUUGCAGCUGUUACGGUAACACCACUGACUGCUCUGCCGUCGGCCUCGUCUCUCUGAUGCCCAUCCUCGCCCUGGUGGACCACGACUCUCUGAUCCUCCGUCUGCCCCAGAACAACCUGUCCUCCCUGGGAACGACCGAGCUGUCCAACCUCAGCAGCCUGGAGCUCCUUGAUCUGUCCCAGAACCACUUCUCCACCCUGCCGCCUGGUGCUUUCUCCGGCCUGAGCGGGCUACGCUGGCUUAACCUCUCUGCUAACUACCUCGGGGUGCGCCUGGCGAACUCUGACUCCAACAACGGCUCUGAGGUUUCUCAGGGUUUCAAUGGAAGUCAGGGGAGCGUCGGUCUGUGUAAGGAGGCUUUCCAGGGGCUGUGGCGUCUGCGGGGGCUUGACUUGUCCUCAAACGGCCUUCUAUCGCUUCCAAAAGGUCUGCUUGAUGCACUUCCAAGACUCUCCUGGCUCUCCUUAGCCAGAAACCGCUUAGUGGCCCUCGAUAGAGUCACAUUCGAGCCGUUGGUGGCGCUGCAGAUGCUCCAGUUGGCGGGGAAUCCCUGGGAGUGCGACUGCAAGCUGAGGGACUUUAAACACUGGAUGGAGUGGUUGAUUUACAGGGAUGGGCAGGUAGACGCGAUGCAGUGCAGCCUCCCCGUGGAUCUGAAGGCCAGGGACAUCCGCAGCGUGCCGGCCGAGAUGUUCAACUACUGUCUUCAGAGUCCCACAAAAGAGGGCGUGCCGGGUUACGCCACCCGGCCCCCCUGUCCGCCCGGCCGGAUCAACAGCAACGAGGAGUGCGUCCGCCAGCGCUACAGGCCUGUCAGCGUCCGUCGAGCUCACGGCACUCAGAUCGUGGCAGGUGUAAUCUGCGGCACGGUGUGCGUCAUGAUGGUGGUCGCAGCCACGUACGGCUGCGUCUACGCCUCUCUGAUGGCGCGGUAUCAAAGGCAAAUGAAGCGACGUGGUCAGCCUCUGAUGGCUGAGUCAGGAGCUGACACUGAUGCCGAGGACGGGCAGAUGUCAUCACCGACCUCGCCGGAGGAGUCGCCACCAAAAGAGGCCUGCGGCAUUGUACACGGGUAUCGAAUCAGCAGCUUCUGA